AUGGGUAACAACGUUCAGCGUGCGAUCAACAAUGAAUGGGAUAAGUUUUGCAGAACUGCACUACAAUGUGUGGCACCGAAUGCAACCGGGGCAAUACAAAUACACAAGGAAUGGGACAGUCAUCACGACAAUCCAACAUCGGGCAACAGUGAAUUCAGACAUCGGAAUGCACAGAACACAUCUGUGGUAGGAAAUGGACAACAGGAUUCACCGGUGGAUGAACCAUAUCUUCAAAAUGAACAUUACCACAAUGUACCGUCGGGGAACUGUGAAUCUAGCCAUCCCGAUUCGGAUAACGAAUUAGUGAGAGAUCGUGGAAAUAACCAUCCAUCGGAAGAUGAACAGCAAUCUCAAGAUAACAACCAUGAUUCAGCUUCGGAAAAUGGAGAAUCUACCCAUCACGGUACUCAUGAGUUUGAUCCAGAUAGUCCAUCUUCGAUCGGAUGCAAUGAGCAGGCAGAACCACACAUGAAGCACAACUGCGAUGGCACAACAAGCCACUUGGUGGAUGGUGCCAUCAAAUGCAUGAAUGGUCACGUGCGAGAUUCAAAAGAGGACACGAUCGGAGUAUCAGUAUAUCUCAAAGUGAGAAUCGAUGCUCGAGGGUACCGACAGAAUGACAUCAAAGUAUCUGCAUCGAGGAAUCUUCUUGUGGUGCAUGGACACACCAGCAGGAGUACUGCUAGAUCGUGUGGCUCAUCCGCCUUAUAUCGCACUGUGCAUCCGUCAGAGCCAGUACAACCACAUGAGUUGGAAUGCGACGUAACAUCGGGUGGCGUUCAGAUUUUCGAAGCCUCUGGUGAAUCAGCUACCCGCGAAUCUCCGUUAUUUUCUGAAAGCCUUCUACAGGAAAAUGAGUUGAACGUUCACCACUCGCCAGUUUUGACAAAUGUCACACAUGUCCCGACUGAACCCGGUUUCACAACGCAUGAGCUGAGUGAACGCGCCGAUGCAACGCACCUCGUGGUGUCAAAACGGAAGUGAGUGAUGAAGAGAUCCGGUCCCAAAAACUGCCGCCAUCCGAAAGAAUCCGGUAGUAGACGGUGGAUCUGCUGUGGGUGGUUGCACGGCUUCAUGG